AUGACGAAACUCAGAAAGCUAAAUCGACCCACUGGUCAUCGUAUGUCCAUGCUCAGAACUUUGGUGUCCCAGUUGAUUAAACAUGAGAGGAUUGAAACCACAGUUGCAAAGGCAAAAGAGAUUCGUCGUCUUGCUGAUAACAUGGUACAGCUUGGGAAAGAGGGUUCACUGUGUGCUUCAAGGCGUGCUGCUGCAUUUGUUAGAGGGGAUGAUGUUAUUCACAAGCUAUUUUCAGAAUUGGCUUACCGUUACAAGGACAGAGCAGGUGGUUACACAAGGAUGCUUCGAACCCGCAUAAGAGUUGGUGAUGCUGCACCAAUGGCCUACAUUGAGUUCAUCGAUAGAGAAAAUGAGCUUAGACAGUCCAAACCACCAACCCCUCAACCACCACAGAGAGCUCCUUUUGAUCCCUGGACAAGAUCGCGGCUUACCAGGCAGUUUGCACCCCCUAAAGAAGAAAAGAGCUCUGAUCCCGAAAUAUGA